AUGUCAGAGGAAUACGACAAGUUACCAUUGGAACCAUUUUUCAAGACAAUUGAUGAGUUGGCACCGAAAUUCAUCGAGAGAUUGCAAAAAGCCAUCGCCAUACCCUCGGUUUCAUCAGAUGAAUCGUUGAGGCCAAAAGUGGUUGAGAUGGCACAUUUCCUCGUGGAUGAGUUGACGACUUUGGGGUUCACUGAUAUCCAAUUGAAGGAAUUGGGCACUCAACCACCACCGGUGCAAGAUGCAAAUUUGCAACUUCCACCUAUUGUCCUCGCCAGGUUUGGCUCGGACGCCAAAAAGAAAACCGUGUUGGUGUAUGGCCAUUACGAUGUCCAGCCUGCGCUUAAGGAAGACGGCUGGAGCACGGAACCUUUCCAGAUGUCGUACGACAAGGCCAAGGGGAUCUUGUAUGGAAGAGGCUCAACCGAUGACAAGGGACCCGUGAUGGGGUGGUUGAAUGUUAUCGAGGCUCAUAAGAAAUUGGGGUGGGAGUUGCCAGUUAAUCUUGUGGUUUGCUUCGAAGGUAUGGAAGAAAGCGGGUCAUUGGGCUUGGAUGAGUUGGUAGCUAAAGAAGCGAAGCAAUAUUUCAAAGGUGUUGAUCAAGUUACCAUUUCUGAUAAUUACUGGUUGGGUACUACAAAGCCUGUUUUGACUUAUGGGUUAAGAGGAUGCAACUAUUACCAAAUCAUUGUUAAAGGACCUGGUGCUGAUUUGCACAGUGGCAUCUUUGGUGGUAUCAUUGCCGAACCAAUGACGGACUUGGUCAAAGUGAUGUCGACGUUGGUUGACGGAUCGGGCAAGAUCUUGAUUCCAGGUGUCGAUGAAAUGGUUGCUCCUUUAACCGAAAAGGAAGAUGCGUUGUAUGACAAUAUUGACUUCUCGGUAGCGGAGUUGAACGCGGCCUCGGGUUCAAGCACAGCCAUAUAUCAAAACAAAAAGGAUAUAUUGAAACACAGAUGGAGAUACCCCUCGUUGUCUCUUCACGGAAUCGAAGGUGCAUUCUCGGGAGCCGGUGCCAAGACGGUGAUCCCCGCCAAAGUCGUGGGUAAAUUCUCCAUCAGAACAGUGCCCGACAUUGACUCGGCAAAAUUGGACCAACUUGUUUUCAAACACAUCAAUGAGGAAUUUGCCAAAUUGAAAUCGCCAAAUGAGUUUAAAGUGGAGUUGAUCCAUGAUGGUAACUACUGGGUCUCCGAUCCUUUCAACGCUAGUUUCCAAGCCGCCGCCAAGGCUACUCAGGAUGUGUGGAACAUUGUGCCAGAUUUCACAAGAGAAGGUGGCUCGAUACCCAUCACUUUGACUUUCGAACAAGAAUUGGGCGUUGACGUCUUGUUAUUGCCCAUGGGUAGAGGCGAUGACGGCGCUCACUCUAUAAACGAAAAAUUGGAUGUUGGCAACUACAUCAACGGAUGCAAGACCUUGGGUGGCUUCUUGCACUACUACGGAAAAGCUUAG